AUGUCCGCGCCCACCCGCUCGAAACUCCUCUCCAGCGGAUUCAAGAACUUCCUCAACAAGCCCGCGCUCUCGCACCCGCAGAGGAAUCUCACGGUGCAGUUCCACAACGCUGAAGUCCGGGCGAAUAUGUUGUCGACAAACAACGCAGGAGCUGGUUCGGCGGACAUGCCGAAGACGAGUGAGAUGCCUGGCGAGCACUUUGAGCCCCGGCAAACAGCGACGAGCGAGGAUUAUACGCCGGAUGUGAGGAAGAGUAUCAGGUUGAGUGUGCCGCGGCAGAGGUUGGUUGAUGAUAUCAUCGCGCUGUAUAGCUGCCAACCGACCGUAGAACGCGUAAAGCGCUACACCCCCGACUGCGUCUAUGACGACCAAUUCGUCUACGCAAACGACCGCUACAAAAUGGCCGGCCAAUGGUUCGCCCUCCCCAAGCUCUUCAAAUCCAGCACCAACGAGGGCUACCAAGUGAUCCGCUCCGACGACGAAAUGAUCCAGUUCAAGAACAAGCAGGCCUGGACGUUCCGCCUCAUCCCCAAGACGGCCACCAUCACGGGGCUGGUGAGCUUGAGCUUGGACCCCGCGACGCGGGACAGCGAGUUCAUGCAGAUCAAGUACCAUAAGGAUCAGGCGAACGAUAAGGAUUAUAGCCAUGAGGGCGCCGGGUUUAGCUUUAAGAAGUGGCAGGCGGAUAAUGUGGUCAAGCAUAUGGAUGCGCCUGAGUUGAAGGAGUUUGAGAAGGAUAAGGGGGCGGCGAAGGAGCAUGUGAGGAAGUAUGGGACGGGGACUGAGGAGGGGGAUGCGCCGAAGCAGGAUUUUACGAAGUAG